AUCGAUGAUCUCAACUGAAGUUUCCUCUGUCAGCUUCAAGAAGGGACAGAAAAAUAUCGAGAAUGAGCAAACUGUUGUCCAGUUUAAGCUCCGUCGAGGUCCGCAGUGAGAGAAAGCCCGGGAAACUAAACACAGUUUAAGCCCAACAAUGCGCCCCAAACAAAGAAGGCAGUGAUUUGCGGUCUUGGUGGUUUGCUCCGCUGCUCCCGCUAGUCAGGGCUGGGUCCCGUUACAGUUGGGAGUCGGCGGCUCGCCAAGAUGUCUAUGGAGGAGCAGGAAUAUCCUGAGGCGGUACUGGUGACAGAAGCCGGGCCGCAGUGGCUCCAAGCCGAAGUGGAGCGUCUGACCCGGGAGCUUCGCGAAACGACCCAGGAGAAGAUCCAGGCGGCUGAGUAUGGGCUGGCGGUGCUGGAGGAGAAACAGCAGCUAAAGCAGCGAUUUGAUGAGUUGGAGACGGACUACGAGACGGUCCGACAGGAAUUGGAUCAGCUGAAGGAGGCCUUUGGACAUGCUUACUCAACCCACAGAAAGGUGGCAGCAGAUGGGGAGAGCAGGGAAGAGUCAUUGAUACUGGAGUCUGCCAGUAAGGAGGCUCUCUACCAGCAGAAGGUCCUGGAGUUACAGAAUGAGCUCCGGCAGGCCAAAGCUUCCCUCGCCAGUGCACAAGCUGAAAAUGACCGCCUGUCAUCCAUUGCCCUGGAAAUGAGAGAGAAUUCAGAGCUGGCAGAGCUGCAGCGCAGUCAGCUGCGGGAUGACAUCAGAGAGUACAAGGUUCGGGAGGCUCGACUGCUGCAGGACUACAGCGAGUUGGAGGAGGAGAACAUCUCACUUCAGAAACAAGUGUCUGUGUUGAAACAGAACCAGGUGGAAUUUGAAGGUCUAAAGCAUGAGAUCCGCCGCCUGGAGGAAGACACCCAGUGUCUGCACAGCCAGCUGGAGGAAGCAAUGCGUCUGAGGGAAAUUGCCGAGCGGCAGCUGACGGAAGCUUUAGAGACCAUCAAGACAGAGCGUGAGCAGAAGGCCUCGCUGCGCAAAGAGCUCUCCCACUAUAUGACCAUUGGCGGCUCCGUGUACAGUAGCUCUUUCAGUAUUUCCAUUGAUAAUGCCAAACUCCACGAGGACCCUUCAGCCAUCAAUGAACCGGACAAUGAUGAUCUAAUAAGAGGGUUUGAGAACGGCUUGGUUAAAUUGAGCGAAAGUGAUGAAGACAAUAGAACUGCAGUGAACAAGAGAGGAGAGGGCUUCAAACCAGUCCCUAGCUUGGUGGACGACCUGCUGAGUGAGCUCAACAUAUCAGAGAUACAGAAACUGAAACAACAGCUGGUGCAGGUUGAGAGGGAAAAAGUUGCCCUGAUCAACUCUCUGCAGGAGAGCCAGAAGCAGCUGGAACAGGCCUAUGGGACUGUGUCCGAGCAAAAGCAAACGGUCAACAGGUUGACUGAAAAUCUAAGUGCAAUGAGGAAACUUCAGGCCAGUAAGGAGCGGCAGUCUGCCCUUGACAGUGAGAAAGACAGGGACAGCCAUGACGAUGGAGACUACUAUGAACUGGACAUUAACGGGCCUGAGAUUCUGCAGUGUAAAUACACCGUGGCAGUGUCUGAAGCUGGAGAACUGAGACAAGAGCUGAAAACACUAAGGGCGCAAUACGAGGAGUGUCGAACCCAAUAUGAAGAUGAGCGAGCGCGGCUGGAAAGCGAUGUCCAGGACUUGAGGGCAAAGCUGUCGUCCUUGGAGAAAAUUAGCCAAGCAGAUAAAGCAGCGUUGUCACGUCUGGAGAGGGAGCUCUGUCUGGCCAACGAAGCUGCAGGAGAAUCACUUGGCAGCCUUAAUGUGGCGCAGGAUGAGCUCGUAGCCUUCAGUGAAGAGCUGGCCAACCUCUACAACCACGUGUGCAUGUGCAACAAUGAAACCCCUAACCGCGUCAUGCUCGACUAUUACAAGGAAGGCAAGGCCAUUGUAAGAAAGGGGCAAGAAGCAAAGGAUCACCAGUCAGUACUUCUCACUAACGGGUUAAUCAGUGAGACUGAAUCUGGAAAGUCCGACUCCAGCAGCGCAGCAGUUACUGCAGCACACGAGCACCGGCCGGAACCCAUGAACAUCUAUAACCUUGUUGCUAUUAUCAGGGACCAGAUCCGCCACCUGCAGCAAGCGGUGGACCGCACCACAGAGCUGUCACGUCAGAGACUUGCCAACCUGGAGCUGAGCACAGUGGCUGACAAAGACAAAGAAGCGUGCAUGGAGGAGAUUCUCAAACUGAAAUCCCUGCUUAGUACCAAAAGGGAGCAGAUUGCCACUCUCAGAGCUGUUCUCAAGGCUAACAAACAGACAGCUGAGGUUGCUCUGGCCAACCUCAAGAGUAAGUAUGACAGUGAGAAGACUAUGGUGACUGAGACUAUGAUGAAGCUCCGUAAUGAGCUCAAGGCUCUGAAAGAGGACGCAGCUACGUUCUCCUCUCUCCGGGCCAUGUUUGCUACAAGGUGUGAUGAGUAUGUUACACAGCUGGAUGACAUGCAGAGGCAGCUGGCUGCUGCCGAGGAUGAAAAGAAGACGCUGAACUCUUUGUUACGUAUGGCCAUUCAGCAAAAGCUCGCAUUAACUCAGCGCCUAGAGGAUUUGGAGUUUGACCAUGAACAAGCGCGCCGCAACAGCGCCACAACAGUGGGUGGCAAGGCCAAAACGAAGGGCAAGGGAGGCUCUUCCAGCCGCAGUUAAACUCAUGAAGCCAAGUGUCCUUAACGAGGUCCGUCAGGUUAUGUAUGUCAGUGGCCAGUUGUCUGCUCUCCUGGUUUCUCCACUCUCAAUCACAGUCCAUAUCACCAUGUCACUACUAAGACGAGAAUAUGUCAAACAGUAUUAGCCAAGAGCCUUGUUUUAGAGUGCCAAAACAGCUAUUUAAAAUAGCAUCAAAUUCUAUGAAAACUGCAGAAAAUAACACACCAGCUACCCGGUGCAGUCCAUCAGUCUUCCAAAAUAUGAACCACUAUGAUUACUCAACCGGUUGAAGGGUCACAAUGGGUGUUUUGUGGGUUACUUAAUGCCUGUGUUACCCUGACUGAGCACUUUUUUUGUUUUACGUAUUUGCUCCGAGCUUAUUCCACUUUCUAAAAUGAUGCUAACUGUUUCAAGUAUUGUAUAAUGUCUGUAUUCUGUGUGCAUGCUUGUCUUCCAACAUACCUUUAACCUUAUUUAUUUCAUAGCAACAAAGUCACAGAUUGCUUUUAAAGCCACAAGUAAGUCUCUGAUUUUGAUGUCCGUUGGCCUUAGAUUUAGUAUUUGACAUAUACUGACAGCCAGAAUUCUUGAUAACCGUGUCUUCUGUCGUGCUGUAUUGUCAUAACUCUAUGAUCCUGCAAAUAUGAAGCUUCAAAUACGGGAUCUUAACUACAUUGUGUAUCACUAUGUUCCUAAUAGAUAAAGCAGAGCUGUUACAAAUUAAAAGUAUGCUCAUUAUGUCUGGAAAAAGAAUAAAAAUGCAAAUCUUAUUUAAGGAUUUAUAAGUUAAGGUCAGAUGUAUAGUAUUCAUAAACUCUAAAAAUUCUUUAUCAUGAAUAAAGUUACUGUUUUAAUACAAUUUUUUGUAAAAUUUUUCAAAUAAGUCUGCAGUGCCAUUGUGUGUUUUUUCUUUAUACAAGUGCCACUUUCAAACAUUACAACAAAAAGAACCCUAAGUGUUUGUACUAUAUAAUAAUAUUUUACAUCUUGUUGCUCACAUUAUUGGUCCUAAUUGAUUGCAGUUUUUUUUACUAUAACUGUAAUUGUAUUUAUUUGACUCAGUUCCUUCAGACUACAGGAUUUGAAAUCCUUUUUAUUUCAUAAGGGAGUGUGCAUUUAGCUGGCAGGUUGAGACUUAAGAAAAUACUGAAAUGGGAAAAAAAAGAACACAAGCAAAAAUCCUAAUUGUAAGAUCCUGUCACUGCUUCCUGUUACAGUAUGUCUGGUGAAGAAAUAAAUCUAACUUUUACAAUUCUGA